CUCUCCCUGACGUCCUGAUUGACAGUUUGACACUGCUCUGUGUGUUCAGCGGACGUUCAUCUCAUUUUUGACCAGUUUAUAACACGCUGAAUUGAUAUGUGCAGGACGGCAUUUCUCUGUCGGUAACCUCAGAAUAUAACAGAGACAGUUUCGAGUCAUUUCGAGCCAGUUCUCUUGAGAAGCGCGCAGAAAUGGAUCUUAUGGGACUCUACCUGCUUCAUCUCAGCUUGGCCGCUCUGCAGGUAUUGCUUUCUGCGGGGAGAGACUGUCUCAUAGCGGGAGACACCUGUUCCAGUGAUGAGACGUGCAGCCCGCGUCUCCGGACCCUGCGUCAGUGUGUCGCCGGUAACGGCAGCAUGAAACUCGGCCCCGGGGCCCGCAGUCAGUGUGCAAACGCCGUCUCUGCCCUGCUGUCCAGUCCUCUGCACGGCUGCCAGUGCAAACGAGGCAUGAAGAGAGAGAAAAACUGUCUCAGCAUAUACUGGAGUCUCCACCAGUCUGGGAUGCAUGGGCUAAACCUGGUAGAGAACUAUCCGUAUGAAGCGAUCGAGAAAGGCUAUGACUUCGUCCGUCUGGCCUCCAUCACUGCAGAUUCUGAGCUCGGCAUGACAGCAGUGAACCGCUGCCUGGACGCAGCCAAAGCUUGCAACGUCGAUGAUGUGUGCCAGAAACUGCGCACAGAGUACGUGUCAACAUGCAUUAAGCCCUCCACCAAGUCGGGUUUGUGUAACCGAUCGAGGUGCAACAAGGCCUUGCGGCGGUUCUUCGACCGUGUGCCUCCGGAGUACACCCACGAGCUGCUGUUCUGCCCUUGCAGCGACAUGGCCUGCUCAGAGAGACGACGACAGACCAUCGUGCCCAGCUGCUCCUAUGAGGGAGAAGAUAAACCCAGCUGUCUUUCCCAGAUGAGGAUCUGUAAGGCUGACUAUGUUUGCAGGUCCCGUUUGGCCCAGUUUCAGUACGACUGCCAGCCAGAAGAGCAGUCUGCCAUCGGCUGCAAACAGAGAAACUACGCCGCAUGUCUUAUUGCUUACACUGGACUGAUAGGAAGCCCGAUUACACCAAACUAUGUGGACAACUCCACAUCCAACGUGUCUCCCUGGUGCUUGUGUUCAGCAAGCGGGAAUCUGAAAGAUCAGUGCACCGAGUUCCUGGAGUAUUUCACCAACAACGUCUGUCUCAAGAACGCUCUCCUGACGUUUGGGAAUGGAAUGGACUUGACGCCCACUCCCACCCGACUGCCACGGUUCAUCCCUGUGACAGACCGAGGGCCACGGAGGACGACUGUGUUUGUGACCAUGGAGACAGAACAGAACGCUCUGAGCCCAGCCAAACCCACGCAGGACUCUGCGAAGGUGAGGCUUUGGUCUGACUCCACCGCAUCCUUCGACACACAGCAGAACUCGUCUUGUGCGUUUGCCGCGGCAUCGCUGCCUGUCUGGAUUUAUGUAUUUCUCAGCUUCUUACUUCACUGUGAUCAGUAAACAGAGUCAAGACUUUCGGGACAUCUAUUCUGACAUGCUCGUGAUUUUGGACCAACAGGAACCUGUUCAGCUCCAGAGCUGUGGAAACUAUCCUCGCUGGCCUCAUUUCUCUAACAUUGAAUUCAUCAUGUUAUCUCUGUUUCCGUGGAAGAACCAGUUAAACCUACAGAAUCUGAAAGCACUUUUCUAUGAAUGAAUGUGGCUAGUCAAACACAAAGGCCAGCGGGAAACCUACCUGUAAAUAUGUACAUAGCAUCACACAGAGUCAAUAUGAAACUGUGCUGUUCAUUGAGAGUUUCAGUCUAAAAUCAUAUUUUUGUGGGGUGGGGAUUCAAAAGACUAAAAGUUUCUGAAAGCCAAAUAACCUUCUAGCACUCCAAAAUCAAUUCCUGAUUAAAUGUGGAGAGAAAUUUUUAUUUUAUAGUUCCUCAUGCAUCAGUUCAACCGUUUGGAGAUCCCCUUGAGGAAACGACGAUUUAAUAUCAUUCUGUUCAACUUGACUGAAUAGAAGACGAAGGCUAUUUCUGAUCAAUAAUAGAGGGGUAAGGCUUUGGAUGGAAGUAAACAGUACUCUUCCCAGAGCUCAUAAUGUGCUAUUGGGACAUAAGCUACUUCAUUUAAGGGAUCUUGGAGACUCAACAUUGUUGUGGCAUCGCCACAGCUGAUUCCUGGUCCAGUACUGUGUCUUUAUGUAUAAUACGAUGUAUUUAUGAGGAGUCCUUGUGGUUUUGAUCAUGAAUAUGAGGGCUGGUGUUGUGGGAAUGGAGUAAGGGAGGUGUUUCCCGCUCCAGCCGCUGCUAAGAAAGCCCUUGAUAUUUCUAAAGGAAGGCUGGGAAUCUCAUUAUGGAACAUUCUUUGGUUUGUCAUAUGGCACUAAUAAAAGAUGCUGGUUCAUUUAAA